AUGGCAUCAUCAAAUGAAUUAGGACAAUGGUAUAACAGUAUACCACCAAUUACAAGAACUUGGUUUACUGGCUCGGUGAUUGUACCUGUUGCGGCUCGAUUAGGUCUUAUUCGACCGCAAAAUUUAGUCUUGUUUUUAGAUCCAUUAGUUAAACAUUUUCAGUUAUGGCGUCUGUUAACUGCUGUGCUAUAUUUUCCAAUGGGUUUUAAUUAUUUAAUUAAUUUAUUUUUUAUCUACCAAUAUUCAACACGUCUCGAAACAAGUGCAUUUAAUGGAAAACCCGCUGAUUAUAUAUUUUGUUUAUCGUUUCUGUGGCUUUGUCAUGUUAUUGUUGGUCUAAUUUUGACAAUACCUAUAUUGAUGGAUGGAAUGAUCUUAAGUGUUAUGUAUAUAUGGUGUCAGUUAAACAAAGAAACAAUCAUGUCUUUUUGGUUUGGUAUGCAAUUUAAAGCUAUGUAUAUGCCAUGGGUGAUUCUUUUAUUCAACUGGAUAAUUUCGGGAACAUUUAUAACGCAAUUUAUUGGUAUUGUUGUUGGUCAUUUAUAUUUUUUUCUUGUAUUCAAAUAUCCACAAGAUUUUGGUGGAGCAAGAUUAUUGAGUACACCAGGAUUUCUAUAUCGCUAUUUUCCGAAUCAGGCCACUGGCAUAGGUGGAUUUGGUACAGCACCAAUACCAAGACGUCAACCAGGAGGAGAAGAAGAAAAUAAUAAUCGUCCACGAAAUCUUUUUACUGGAAGAGGUCAUAUACUGGGAAAUCAAUAA